UAUUUAACAAACUGAAAAAGUUGGUGAAAUUGUUGGAGGAAGCCCAUGGCACUCCUACGUCCAACACCAAGCAGGAAUUAGAGCAAUUUAUUUCAGAGAGCAAAAAUAACGCCGAACAAAAAAAAGCCCUAGACAUUGCUAAAAAAGUCAAAAAUUAG